CUGCGCAGAGUGCAGCAGGCGGAUGUGCCUCUCCUGGUUGACUCUGGAGGGGAAGUUUUCUCCGCACACUGGGCACAGGUGGCACUCCGAGGCGCUCAGAUUCAAAGGUGCUUGGCUUUGGGUUUUGUCGGCUCCAUCGUGAUGCGCCAUAAUGUGCUUUUUCAAGUACGCCUGACGUUUGAAUUUCUUCCCACAGUGCUGACAAUCAUACAGGCCAUCUUCAGAUCCAGAUUCCGAAAGGCCGGGACUGGGAGUGUCUCUGUCGCUGGAAAUGUCCUUGGGCUCCUCAGAGGCGAUGCUUUUGUCGGGUGCGGGCAUCUUGUUGCUGUUCGGGUUGGUGCCUGGUGGGUUUUGCGGUUUAGGUUUGUGCCAACGCCUGUGCGAUGCCAGGUUAGCCGGACAGCUGAAGAGCUUGUCGCAUUCAGGGCACCUGUACUCGAUCCGCACAAUCCGGGAACAUUUGUGUUGCGCCAGAGAGAACGGAUCCGCGUACGCCUCCCGACACAACUGGCAAAUAAACUCGCCCAGCGGCUUGUCACCUGCUGCGGACUGAGAUCUGGGCUUCUGCUCCAAGGGACCCUCUUUAAUCUUCAAGCCCAGCACUGGAGAGGUGGUCACCUCGUCUUCGAAUUGCAGUUUCCUCAUGACUUUGACUUUCUUGGAUGCGGGUUUGCCUUUGCGCUCGCCGUCCGAUGCGGGUCUUUUGGUGGUUACUGCGAUCGGGUUGCUCGUACCGAUUCGGUUGCUGUUGCUGGUGCCGAUUUUAAGAUCCACGGGGGCGAAUGGCAGGUGAUCGGAGGUGUUGGGCGCCGCCGGGAAGGAUUCCGCCGAAAUGGGCGAGCCCAGAUUGAAUCGCCUCUCCAAGCACUCCCUCUCGUGCUCUCUGCUCACGGGUCGCGUCGGGCUGUACAUGGAUCGGUACACCGUCUCCGGGUUGCCAAACUGCACUGGUUUCGCCUCCUGCGCGGAAGUCAUAGCGCCCGAAUCCGUUCGCGGAAAUGCCAGGUUGUGCGUAAAGCACGGCGCGUCUUGCGCGACUGGAAACGCUGCAUUUUCAUCCUCGUCCGAGCGGAUCCGGUGAAGAACAAAGCCCCGGCAGAGGUGCAGAUAACCGCAGAGCAGCUGCUCAGGGAGGCGAAAGAGAGAGAGCUCGAGCUUCUGCCUCCCCCACCCAAACAGAAGAUCACCGAUGAAGAAGAGCUCAAUGACUAUAAACUGAGGAAGAGGAAGGGCUUUGAAGACAACAUCAGGAAGAACAGAACAGUCAUCAGUAACUGGAUCAAGUACGCACAAUGGGAGGAGAGCCUGAAAGAGGUCCAGAGAGCUCGUUCCAUCUACGAGCGUGCGCUGGACGUGGAUCACCGCAACAUUACACUAUGGCUGAAGUAUGCAGAGAUGGAGAUGAAGAACCGGCAGGUGAAUCAUUCUCGCAACAUCUGGGACCGAGCCAUCACCAUCCUGCCUCGCGUCAAUCAGUUCUGGUACAAAUACACGUAUAUGGAGGAGAUGUUGUGGAAUGUUGCGGGCUGCAGGCAGGUGUUUGAGCGCUGGAUGGAGUGGGAGCCGGAGGAACAGGCCUGGCAUUCAUACAUCAACUUUGAGCUACGCUACAAGGAGGUGGAUAAAGCCCGCAGCAUCUAUGAGAAAUUUGUAAUGGUCCAUCCUGAAGUGAAGAACUGGAUCAAGUAUGCUCACUUUGAAGAGAAGCACGGCUACAUCGCUCUUGGGAGGAAAGUGUUCGAGCGAGCUGUGGAGUUUUUUGCUGAAGAUCACAUCAGCGAGAACCUCUAUGUGGCUUUUGCCAGAUUUGAGGAGAAACAGAAAGAGUUUGAGAGAGUUCGGGUCACCUAUAAAUAUGCUUUGGACCGAAUUCCCAAACAGCAAGCCCAAGAGCUGUUUAAGAACUACACCGUGUUUGAAAAGAGGUUUGGAGACAGGAGAGGAAUCGAAGAUGUGAUCGUCAGCAAAAGGCGGUUUCAAUACGAGGAGGAGGUCAAGGCAAACCCACACAAUUAUGAUGCCUGGUUUGAUUACCUGCGUCUGGUGGAGAGUGAUGCUGAUGCAGAUACCGUUAGAGAAGUGUAUGAAAGAGCGAUAGCAAACAUUCCCCCCAUCCAAGAAAAAAGACACUGGAGACGCUACAUCUACCUGUGGAUAAACUAUGCUCUCUAUGAAGAACUGGAAGUCAAGGACCCAGAAACUACGAGACAGGUGUACCAGGCAUGCCUGGAGCUGAUACCACACAAGAAGUUCACAUUUGCCAAGAUUUGGCUUUUAUACGGUCAGUUUGAAAUCAGACAGAAGAACUUGCAAAAUGCUAGAAGAGGCCUGGGCACAGCUAUUGGAAAAUGUCCCAAGAACAAGUUGUUCAAAGGCUACGUCGAGCUGGAGCUACAGCUGAGAGAGUUUGACCGCUGCCGGAAGCUGUAUGAGAAGUACCUGGAGUUCAGUCCGGAGAACUGCACCACCUGGAUCAAGUUUGCCGAGCUGGAGUCCAUCCUGGGAGACACAGACCGGGCCAGAGCCAUAUUUGAAUUGGCCAUAGGACAACCACGACUGGACAUGCCAGAGGUGCUGUGGAAGUCAUAUAUAGACUUUGAGAUCGAGCAAGAAGAAUAUGAGAACACACGAGGACUUUAUAAAAGACUGUUACAGCGUACUCAACAUGUCAAAGUCUGGAUCAGCUAUGCUCAGUUUGAGCUGUCCAUCGACAGUGAAGAUAGACUGCAGAGAUGCAGACAGAUCUAUGAGGAGGCCAAUAAGAGCAUGCAGAGCUGCGAGGAGAAGGAGGAACGCCUGAUGCUAAUGGAGUCCUGGAGAGAAUAUGAGGAGGAGUGUGGAACGUUGGCCAACAGAGAAAGAGUCCGCAAACUCCUGCCCGAGAAGGUGAAGAAGAGGAGGAAGGUCACAGCAGAGGACGGGUCGGAUGCAGGUUGGGAGGAAUAUUACGAUUACAUCUUCCCUGAGGACGCUGCCAACCAGCCUAACCUCAAACUGCUGGCUAUGGCCAAGAUGUGGAAGAAACAACAGCAGCAGGAGGAAGAGGAGGAGAAAGAAGAAGAUGAUGAUGAACAAGAAGAACCACCGCAGGUUCCUCAAGGGCAGGAACCAGGAGAGAACUUUGAAGCAGAGGAGCAGGAACCUGUGGCCCAAAGAGAACAGAUGGAAAACGAGGAUGACGAUAGUGAUGAUGAUAGUAGUAGCAGUUCUAGCAGUGAUAGUGAGAGUGAUAGCGACCAUAACGAUGACAAAGGAAAGACGGAACAAACCAAGACAGACACAGAAAAACAUUGAACCGGUGUGGUAUAUGAACGGCGAUGAUCUAGAGCCUUAUCCCAUUAUUUGUCUUUGUCUCUUUUUUGUAACAAAAUAAAGGUGAGA